AUGAAAUUCGACUCGAGCAAUCCUUAUGCAGGAAGGAUCCUUGACAAAGAUGACUUCUUCCGCCUGAUUCAACUAGAGCAGGGUCGUGAUGAUGCACAGCUUAUCAUAUCCCUUCGAAGCACUACCCUUGAUGAUGCACCACCUUAUGAAGCCGUGUCGUAUGUCUGGGGCGAUGCCAACGCACUGGUACCAGUGCAGAUUAUGGAUGACAAGGCCCAAACAUUUCAUGUUGCCAUACCGGUCAACUGUCACGCUGCUUUGAAACGAUUACGAAGAUUUGACUCUCCCCGGACACUCUGGAUUGACUCCAUCUGUAUCAACCAAGCGUUGUCGGCAGAAAAGGCCCAUCAAUUGAAUCUCAUGUCCUUCAUAUACCAGAAAGCCCGCCAGGUCGUUGUGUAUCUUGGAGAGGGCACGCAUGACACCGACGUCGCCAUGAGAUGUAUUCUCGAGCUUGAUCAGCCUUCUGACUAUGGCACCCGCAGCGAAGUUGUUGAAAAGCCAAGUCCUACACUAGAUGAACGGGAGGCUGUCAGGGUUCUUUUUGACCGCCCAUGGUUUUACCGCGUCUGGAUCUUGCAAGAAAUCACUUUUGCGCAUAGAGCCAUCGUGGUAUGCGGCGCCCAUGAGGUAGAAUGGGAAAGCUUCCGAAAAUUCUAUCACUGGAAUGUCAGCAACCGAUGGAUGAAUCAUCUUCCAUACUCGCUCGACUAUUCUGUAUCUCCAACAUUACGCGGUGGAUAUUUUUUGCCCUAUGGAGAAAGGCUCAUGAAGAUGCUCAUAGACACGCGACUCUGCGGUGCUACUGAUCCAAGAGACAAGCUAUAUGCGAUACUUCCACUACUAGAUCGUGAUCAGGAGGAAAUGAGGUCCAAAGUCGAAUACCAUAAGGAAAUCUGGAAAGACGAAGAUGAAGACGAAGACCCGGACCACUGGAACACACUGGAACACUCCUUAAGAAUUCAAGUCAACUACGAUCACACAGUAAAGCAGGUGUACACAGAUCUUGCAAUGCUAUUACUGCAAAGUAAUGGUCUCGAUGUUCUCCGACAGGUUAUCAAGGAUUCAGCAGUGCACGGUCUACCAUCUUGGGUUCCGGACUGGAGCACCGGGUCUCCCUACUGGACUGCAUUCAAUAAGCCAAGGGAGAGAAAAAACGCGUUUUUUGCAGGAUUCCCAGAAAGACCUACUCGGUAUAUCUGGGGCUGGAAAUCGCGAUAUCCACAUCUGAUUGACACAUGGACUUCAUCAAUUUACACCUCCACAGAGAAUGAGACUUCGACGCAGCUUCACUUCCGAGCUGUGAGGGUUGGCACGAUUACCAAGCUGGGCGAGGUUUGUGAUAUUACAAAAAACCACUUUCCCAUCGGCCAGUGGGCGAGCCUUGUGCCACAGGAGUUUUAUCACAAGAAGAGAAACAUUCCGGAGGAUCUACCUUACGAAGAAACGAGCAAAUAUAGGAAUGGACCCAUGGGACUUUCUCCGUUCAUUCAAACACUCACUUUGGGGGAUGUCGUUUAUCCUGAAGCGGCCGAAGAUGCUGUAGCUUACAUUCGCCAAUAUAACGGCGAGGUACUUGAUAAUGGAGGAGUGAAGUUUUUCGGGGUGGUAAGCGAAGACACACAGCAAAAUAUACCCCUGGCGGAGGUUUUUAUGGGUGCAGGGAGUUAUGAGAGGCAAGCCCAACGAAUAUUGAAGGGUUGUGAUGGCAAGAGAUUCUUUGUAGCGGAUAAUGGCGACAUAGGUCUUGCACCCGACCGAGCUCGAACCGGGGAUGUUGUGUUUUGUGUUCAAGGCGCUUCUGUGCCCUUUAUCCUCCGAUCGCUACCUACUACUGAGAUCUACAACAACGACAAGGGGGAAAUUCCGAGUAGCAGCCCACAUCAGGUUUCUGUGGACAAGUUGUUUUGUUUGGUGGGCGAAGCCUACUCACUUGGGAUAAUGGAAGGCGAGAUGUGGGAUGAUGUAGAUAAUGGCAGAGCGAAAGUUGAAGAGAUUGUCUUGAGGUAA